UGUUUGGGUCGAGGCGGAUAUGAAGGAUCUCUGACCAACUCGUCCUCUGUCCUCAUUUAUUGUUAUUCUGUAAACAUUUAGUAAAACAAACACGUAAACCAUGUCUGAAACCGGGAACAAGCUGCGGAAGCUGCUCGAAUCUCCCAACUUCGACCCGCAGAACUACGUGAAGCAUCUGUCGCAGCAGUCCGACGGAGACCGGGACCUGCAGGAGCACCGGCAGAAAAUACAGAACCUGGCCGACGAGACGGCACAAAACCUCAAGAAAAAUGUGUACAAGAACUACAGGCAGUUCAUCGAAACGGCCAAGGAGAUUUCGUACCUGGAGAGCGAGAUGUACCAGCUGAGCCACAUCCUGACGGAGCAGAAGGGCAUCAUGGAGAGCAUCACGCAGGCGCUGCUGUCCGCGGACAAGGACGAGACCUCCAAGGAGAUGCAGGCGGCUUUCCCCAAGGAGACGGAGGAGCUGAAGCAGAGGACGCUCACCUCCCUGCUGGAGAAGGUGGAGGGCGCCAAAAACAUCAUGGACAGCCCCGGGAGGCACCUGGUCUACAACGGAGACCUGGUGGAGUUUGACGUGGACAACAUGUCCCCCGUCCAGAAGGUGCACGCCUUCCUCAUGAACGACUGUCUCCUGAUCGCCACGUGGCUGCCCAACCGCAGAGGCGCGGUGAAGUACAAAUACAACGCUCUGUACGAGCUGGAGAGCUUCGCCGUGGUCAACGUGAAGGACAACCCUCCCAUGAAGGACAUGUUCAAGAUCCUGAUGUUCCCAGACAGCCGCAUCUUCCAGGCCGAGAACAGCAAGGUGAAGAAGGAGUGGUUGGAGAUCCUGGACGAAACCAAGAAAAACAAGGUCUCCAAGGACACGCACAAGAAGGAGGAGGAGGUCCCCACCUCUCCUGUCAGGGCUGAGGUGUCCACCAACCCUUUUGAUGUGGAAGACGAGCCCAUGGGUGCUGAGGAGAGUGUGGACCUCAGCCUGGAGUGGAUCCAGGAGCUGCCGGAGGAUCUGGACGUCUGCAUUGCCCAGAGAGACUUCGAAGGGGCCGUGGACCUGCUGGACAAGCUCAACGAGUAUCUGAAAGACCAGCCGGCCACCCAGAGGGUGAAGGAGCUCAGGCUGAAGGUGGAGGAGCGUGUGCGGCAGCUGACGGAGGUGCUGGUGUUUGAGCUGUCUCCAGAUCGCUCACUCCGGGGUGGACCCAAGGCAACCCGGCGAGCCGUGUCCCAGCUCAUCAGACUAGGCCAGUCCACCAAAGCCUGCGAGCUGUUCCUGAAGAACCGCGCCGCCGCCGUCCAGACGGCCAUCCGGCAGCUUCGCAUCGAAGGGGCCACUCUGCUGUACAUCCACAAACUGUGCAACAUCUUCUUCACCAGCCUGCUGGAGACCGCCAAGGAGUUUGAGAUGGACUUUGCAGGGAACACGGGCUGCUACUCUGCCUUUGUGGUCUGGUCCAAAUCUGCCAUGAGGAUGUUUGUGGACGCCUUCAGCAAGCAGGUGUUUGACAGUAAGGAGAGCUUGUCGACGGCGGCGGAGUGCGUCAAGGUGGCCAAAGAACACUGUCAGCAGCUGACGGAGAUCGGCCUGGACCUGACCUUCACGCUGCAGUCGCUGCUGGUCAAAGACAUAAAGGCAGCGCUGCAGAGCUACAAGGACAUCAUCAUCGAGGCCACCAAACACCGCAACUCCGAGGAGAUGUGGAGGAGGAUGAACCUGAUGACCCCCGAGGCUCUGACUAAACUCAAGGACGAGAUGCGCGGCUGCGGGAUCAGCUUCCAGCAGUACACGGGAGACGACUGCUGGGUCAACCUGAGCUACACCGUCGUGGCCUUCACCAAGCAGAUGAUGAGCUUCCUGGAGGAAGGCCUGAAGCUCUACUUCCCCGAGCUGCACAUGGUGCUGCUGGAGAGUCUCAGGGAGAUCAUCCUGGUGGCCGUGCAGCACGUGGACUACAGCCUCCGCUGCGAGCAGGACCCCGAGAAGAAAGCCUUCAUCGUGCAGAACGCCACCUUCCUCCACGACACCGUGCUGCCGGUGGUGGAGCGGAGGUUCGAGGAGAGCGUCGGCAAGCCGGCCAAACAGCUGCAGGACCUGAGGAAGAGCACGCGGCCGGUGCGGAUCAACCCCGAGAGCACCACGUCCUUGGUCUGAGACCCGGCCGAGCCCCUGUGAGACUGUGAUGAAGGACGGUGGCCAAAGAAAACCCACAGGAUCUCGUCCUCCCUGCAAUUCCAGCUUCCCUUUUUAGAGCAAAGCACUACAAUAGCUACUGGUUGUUUUGAUGCAGCAGGACAGGAGAUGACUGUUUGCAUCGCGGACAAUGGUCACAUGAGCGGCUGAGUAAGACAUUUCAAGACCAGCAUGUGUUUUUUGACUUUGAACCUUCAUUUCAAAGGCGUCAGCUGCUGCAUCCAGUUUUCUUCAGCAGUGAACAUGUGAGGAGGUAACAGGUCCUCGGCCCUUUUAGAUGAAUGCAAUUUAUGUGGUGCGAGUGAGACUUGUGCAUGUGUGAUCCUGUUUAUACAUAAGUUAUCACGUUUACUCAAUGAUAAAACUGAUGUUUCUGUUGUUUGAAAGCUUUUUUUGUUCUAUAAGUUUAAAUUUGAUCCACUCAGUUUGAUUUUAAGGUAACUACAUUGUUAUAAAGCACUGAAGUAUUCAGAUUUAUAAACUGAUUUCAUUAGAUGAGUAAAGACGGCGCACUCACAUGUUCCUUGUCUGUUUAAAUGUUUGUAACACGGAUUAAUAAAGAUAUUAAUGCA